CUCUCUCUCCUCUCUCUCCCUCUCUCUCUCUAGAUAUAUAUAUAACCGUCUCUUCCACAACUUCACACACUCAUCACAACUCUGAGCGAAGAUACAUAUAUAUCUAUACGUAUAACUGCGAGCAGCGCGCAUCGAAGUGAUGGCGAUGAGAAUUGCUGGCGGCGUGACUUUUUCGAUCGUCGUAGUUUCAGCAGUUAUCGUCGCCGUCUUCUUCAUCUCCGGAUACUUCUCCGGCGGAGCUGAUAGCGGAUUGUGGCGGUCGUAUUCUGAUCCCGAAGCAGAGUUCAAAAAAGUUCAGUUAGUCGGAGCUGCACGGAGGCGCGGCGAUGAGCCGAGAGCUGUGGUUUCUGCUGAAAUAGAGUCCAGAUUCAAGCCGAUUUCCAGAAAAAGAGAAAGUGGUAAGUUGGAGGAAGGACUGGCGAGAGCAAGAGCAGCAGUUAGAAGAGUGGCAUCAAUCAGAAACAAAUCAGUAAUUAUCGACGGCAAUCAUAUUAUAUCUUCGUCAUCAAUCUAUCGAAACCCCAGCGCAUUUCUUCAGAGUUAUAAGGAAAUGGAAAGGAGAUUGAAGGUGUAUGUAUAUGAAGAAGGAGAGGUGCCAAUAGUGCAUGAUGGGCCAUGCAAAGACAUAUACACGAGUGAAGGGAGAUUCAUCCAUGAGAUGGAGCAUGGAAGGCACAGAUUCAGGACAAGCAGAGGUGAGGAAGCUCAUCUCUACUUCAUGCCGUUCAGCGUGACAUGGAUGGUGAAGUAUCUCUACAAGCCUAACACUUACGACCUCACCCCACUCCAAGAGUUCGUCUCCGAUUAUGUCAAACUCAUCUCCACCAAGCAUCCCUUCUGGAACACAUCUCAAGGAGCUGACCACUUCAUGCUUUCUUGCCAUGACUGGGGACCUCGCGCCUCAGAAGGAAACGCGUACCUCUACAACACAUCAAUCCGCGCCUUGUGCAAUGCAAACACCUCCGAAGGGUUCAGUCCUCAGAAAGAUGUGAGCCUGCCCGAGAUCCAUCUCUACGGUGGCUAUGUGAAUCCAAAGCUGAUAACCCCUCCUCCUCCCACUGCCUCAAGCCCCUCCUACCUUGCAUUCUUUGCCGGUGGCCUUCAUGGCCCGGUGAGGCCGAUUCUCCUCCACCACUGGAAGGGCAGGGACCCAGACCUCCACAUCUAUGAGUACCUCCCUAAACAUCUAGACUACUAUGAUUACAUGCUGAAAUCAAAGUUCUGCUUAUGCCCCAGUGGUUAUGAAGUGGCUAGCCCCAGAAUUGUUGAGGCCAUCUAUGCUGAAUGCAUCCCUGUCAUAUUAUCAGAUCACUAUGUCCUCCCAUUUAGUGAUGUCCUGAGGUGGGAGGCUUUCUCAUUACAGGUGAACAUUUCAGAAAUACCGCGGUUGAAAGAGAUUUUGAUGGCAGUAACCGAAGACGAGUUUUUGAGGCUCAAGGAAGGGUUGAGAGCUAUAAGGAAGCAUUUUGUUCUAAACCAGCCUGCUGAGAGGUUUGAUAUGUUUCACAUGAUCUUGCACUCUGUUUGGCUUCGGCGGUUAAAUUUACGCAUUUGAUAAGCAAAACUAGUGUGUAUAUGUUUAUGUACAAAAUAUGAAUCUGUUUCAGCUACAGAAAGGUAAGCUAGCUAUGCA